AUGGAAGCAAAGGAGAUUGCGACUACAGCGGUGGCAGAAACAGCAGUGGCCGAGGUGGCAACAAGCACGCCGGCGCCGGAGCCGGCGGCCGGAGCCACGGAAGAUUCGGCUGCUGAGGCCUUGCCAUCCGCCAAGGGCAAGGCCAAGGGCCCUGCCAAAGGGCCUGGCAAGGGCCCGCCCGUCGCUCGCUUGUUCAUCGUGGGAUGA